AGUUGUUGUCGGCCCUUCUCAGAAAUCGGUACGUGUGCUGAUGAUCUUUUGCAGGUCGUGUAUUUUUGGUAUGGGCACGACUGCACCCGCACAGAAGAGAACACCUCAAAAGUAAAAGCUGUAAGGUAGCGCAAAUGCUCGUCCGGUCAGGACAGAGUGAUCCUUUGACAAAAGUAGGAAUCACUUCUACAACUUACUAGAUUGAAAUUCAAAACGGGCCUGGAGGCAGGAUGUCAGCUAGCUGGCUGGCGCUAGUGUGUGCCGCAAGCAACGCCUCCCGGUGUGGUGAAGGACCACGCUCACUUUUGUUCUCCUCGUCGUCUCUGCUUAUUGUCGUGCUCCUGCUUGCGCUACGUGCUUGUGAGCACGUCGAGGGACGGAGCAAUUCGCAGCAAGGAAGCUGGUCGCCCGGUGGUGGAGCGCAGCUACCUCCGCGCUGGACAAAGUGGGAUGAGGUGGGCGCGGGGGAUGACCCCAGUGGGGUUUUGCGUGAGUUCGUAGACCGCAACAGGGAUGGCGUGGCGGACGCGCAGGAACUGCAGCUGUGGGAUGUCGGCCCGGGCUGGUUUCAGUACUACGAUCGGGACAACUCCAAGUUUUUGAAUACCAAGGAGUGGUUCGCCCUGUUUCGGGAGCGGCGGGCCUUCGUGAAGUACGUUCUCCUGCAGCAGGGCCAAGCGCAGGGUCGCGCCGAUGCCGAGGACGGCGGAGUGCGGCGUACAGGAGGCGAGAGCGAGAAGCUUUCUCUUCCCACUGACGUCCGGCCCGCUCUACGGCAGGGACACCGGGAGCCGCUGGGGGUUCAAGGGCAGCCCGUGAAGCGCAUCCGAAGUGUGCGUGCUGAGGACUUGAACCCGGACGAGUUUUGGACGGAGUACGUGGAGAAGCACGUCCCUGUGCUCUUGCGGGACGUGGAGUCGCCGGCGGCGACGUACUGGGAUGAGGCCUACGUCUAUCCUGUGUGGAAACGUAGUACCCACCUCCGCAGGCUUCUCGUUUUAAUAUCCUGCUCAUGCUCUUCAUUUCCAGAACAAAAACUUAAACUAAAAUUACACGGCCGACUUGUUAUGCGUAUUUGAUGCACGCGGCCCAUGAUCCAAUGCCAAUCCUAUUUGAUGCCCCGCUCUCCCCGCGUGUGUCACGCGCGGCUAAUCAGGCCAAGGUAGCGGAUUCGCGACGCAGCCGGACUAGCUGGGCAAGACCAGCAGCACACUGGAUCAUAGUGAAUAAACUUGCUUUUUACAACCACGUCAUGCAUGUUGAGCUCCAGUAGAAGUUCUGGAGCUGGAUUUGUGUUUGUCCUCCGGCUGGCUUCUCAUCUUGACUGUGGUUCGGGCACUACAUCCUAUUUCCUCAGGACAUGGUCGUCGAGAAGUUCGGGAACGUGGCCUUGAAGUUGGAGCCGAAGAAAGAGAACCGCGGUAGCCACGAGGAAGUGGUGGCCUUUCGCGGCACCAUUGCCGAACUGCUCGAUCCGUCGGGCAAGUUGCGAGACAUGAUGUACGCGGUGACCAUUCUGCCGCAGAGCAUGAUGUGGGAGACGGUGCUUCCGAAGGCGUUCUUGUGCGGAUCCAGAAAAAAGCAGAUUGACCCCCACAAAGUCUCGCGGAACUACAACCAACGUCGAAAAGACCGUGCCGCGGCCAAGCACGCCGCGCGCAAGGCGGGGCAAGGAGGAAAAAAGACGGCCGGCCAAGGAGCAGAUGCUGGGACCGCAGAGGACCCCCUACAACUUCUCGAAGAGUCGUGGACAAGCAUCGGAAACGUGAAUUCCGCUGUGUCGCGCAAGAAGGAGCUUUGGCCGCAUCCGUUUCCGUCCGCACUGGAGGGCCACAACGCGUUCACCCACAGCCUCGAGCCGAAUCUGUGGGUUGCGGGAAGGCCGACGAAGUCUCAACUGCACUACGAUAAGGAGAAUAUUUUCUUCUGCGUCUACCGGGGAUGGAAGGAUUUUUUUUUGAUUGACACACGGAAAUACGGAAAGGCCAUGCAGUGGGUCCGUGGCGGAAACUACAACACGGAAGAGGAUCUUCUCAAUCGGGGGACCGAUUGGGUGGCAGUGGACGUCGACUCGGUGGAUCUGAACGUGUAUCCGGAGCUAUCAAAAUGAAAAACCCUGGUUCAUCCUCCCCGUAUCAAACGCAAUGGCUCUCAUGUGACUUAAAUUUUCGUACACAGUAGAUCUGUGUUGCUGUAAGAAACUGCAGCCAGAGUGGUCUCAGCCUGUGUAGGAGCAGCGUAAAAAGGAUGUAGUUCUUGCUUAGCAUGGGAAGCAACUGCCCUGGAGGCCCAACAGCAUGACGAGCCCCCACCAUAAAAAUGCGGCGCACAAUUCUUCGGCACUUGCCCUCGUGCAGGACAGACAUGAAGAUUCUUGGCCACAAAGCUGCGUCGGGUAGGGGAUUUUUCUUCACGAUACGAGCUGCAGAACGUGACCCUGGAGCACGCGCACCUGCGGCCCGGGGACUGCUUGUUCCAACCCUUCUCCUACCUGCACUACGUGCGGAGCAACUUGGAGCCCCUGCGCUUCAACGACACGCACGCGUCAUUUGUGAACACCAGCGCUCCUACUACUUCCGAGGCUGGAGCAGGGGGACAGGCACAGCUCCGUUCGGAGGCCGGGAACGAAGCUGCACAACCUGUGCUGCAGGACUUUAGCUUCGAGGACGAGGGCGGGGCAUCCAACGGGCGGAAGUAUGCUGCCGAUUUUUACACCCACGCGAGUUAUCAGAUUUCGGCGAGUUUUCUGUUCUCUCAGCUGGAAGUGUACGACAAAGACGUUUGCGAGAAGGAAGUACUGCCCUUUCUGCGAGCGAGAGGACCGCAAACCCGUCAAGCGGCAAAGAAUAGUACAACGCAGCAGGACCACCACCCGGUGCAGGGCGAUGUCAUGUCCUUUCCCGCCGCCGUUUAUGACACGCUGUGGCACUACACAGGAGCGGGCGUAAUUCCCCAGGGAUAUCCAGACCCGGCAGAAAUCGGGCGCGAACUAGAGGUGACGCUUCUGGACGAGGAGGUAAACCACAAAAUUCGCAUAUCCGGGGUAAAAAGAAACGCUCCCGCCCCACAAUCAAGAUAGGAAUUUCAUAUUUGCGAGACAAGUCCAGAACUUUUCAUUGGGCUUCACGCAUGGCACGUUUGGGUUUUAAGUGAAGCCCUGAAAGCCCUGCGUAACUGGUCCAGAUGCGUCACAAUCAAAUCCACUAUACUUGCUAUGUGUCGGAUUUUUGAUAGCGCAUGGGCAUGAUAGGUUCUCAAUCGCUUUAGAAAAUGCCCCUACAAAUGGAGGGCUGCACUAUGAGAAGCAGCUUGCUCCUCACUAUGCAAAUUUGCAUGUUGUUCUUGACAAUGACAUGUUAAUAGCGUCAAGCCAUCUUCUACUACUGCGUGCGGCCAUGGUGCACAGGCAAAGAAGUGCGUUGGUAUGCAAUUUCUUUGGCGUGGCAAGUGUGGGGAGGUGGGGACGUUUUGACUCAGGUCGAGAACGGAACCGACUGAAACAACGCCAUCGAAGUUCGAGCCAACGCGUGGAACCGCUAGAGUUGGCCGAGAUCGCGGCGUUCGAGAUUGUGCGACACCACGCGCAGAGGCAGGGAGCGCGCGCCUUCCGCCGGGACGACGGCCGCCUCCUGAAGCUGUACAGCAAAGAAUUUGCCCCGUACAUCACCGUAACGCAAGUACCGGAGGGACAAGAUCGCCCGGAGGCCAAGAAAGCGAAAAAGAAAAGAAAAGGCAAGAAGCCUGAAGUCCCGCUGUUGAGUAUUCUAAGUCAAGCACUCCCCACCCCAGAGUCAAGAUGGGAAAUCUGCUAGACAAAUCAACUACCGCAUCUGGCUGCUAGUACGCAUGAAAAGUUUGACCUCGGAGCGUCACCCUGUAGCUUGGCUAGUUCAUCAGCGUCACAGCUCUAGAAUCUAGCGCGGAGCGAGCAUUGCAAUACGUUCUAAACCACCACUAGAACAAAACCAAAACGCUUCUCAUGCGAAACGAAAUAAGCAUGCAGCUUUGCAUGACAACUCUCGGGUGACCACUUCGGUGUCCGCCUGACCCACCCGCCCGGCGCGUCAAGCCAUCUGUGGGCACGGUGCAAUGGGGGGGCAAAGCGUGCAGCUGCGUUUUUUUUCACACCAAGACAAUUCUGGGGUGGGGACGUCGACGUUUUUGCACAGCAUAUCGGAGUUAGACCUGGAUUGGCGCAGGGCGCCCCUGAAUCUGUGGCUCCGGUAUGCGGUGGACAUCGACGACGGAUUAGAUUGCAAUAAAGGUCACGAUAUCAAAUGCAAAAAUGUCUGGGUCUGGAAUGCUACCGGGUUUGCCAUGCACAUUUUGCAUGACCCAGGAUGUCUGUAAUGCAUGACCUAGCAUAACAGAAUUGUAGAGGCCCUCCUGAUGCCUAUUCCGCAUGACAAAUGCCCUCCCCGCGUCGCACAAACUAGACUCCUUUUGUUGAUCAUGCAAUACAGAUUUUUAGAGUCCAAAGUUUAGCGCGUCCAUGUUCCUGUUCGAGCGCGGCGACGAAGAGGUAGCACGAGAGCAAGGACGCGGAGGGCUGCAGAGAAAAAGAGCGACAUUUCAGAAAUACAUGGCCUUUUGUUCGUUCCCUUCUGCAUUUUUGUCCUUGCUUCCCGAAAGGGGAUUUCCUGUGGGGGGGGGUGCGGGAAGUCAGAAAACAAAUGGCACGAAAGACGCCUGCUAGCGAGCUGAUCAAGAUAAGUAAACUAUUUGACUGUGAUGCCAUGGAAAGGCGUGGCAUUAGUACGACGCCAGUUCCCCCUGCUAGGGGCGAUCGCAGGGUAGUUCUAAUUUGUGCGGGCUGUGUGUAAUGCGGUGGUGCGAUACAAACUACAACAGAGAAAAUGAUCAAGCUCGGGCCGCGCGCGAUGCUCAUCCCAUUCGUUUUUUCCGACGAAUCACUUCCUUCACCAGGGCCUUGCUCAACCCUGGACCAGAACGAGUAGGACAGAGGACCCCAGAGGUAGGCACUGUAGCGGAAAGUUGGAGCAAAACUAAUUUUUUUUUGAAAACGAACCCAAUAGGAGCCGACCUGCGUGGAUGGUUACAAAACAGGUAGCUUGACCCCAAAUGGCAAUGAUCAUUGGGAGCAGCAGAGCGCAGCAGGACCCCGGGACUGCAACAGCUCACCCCUGUUUUAUCUUAGACAUACGCAGUGCGCCGAGUAUGCCACUACCUCGACCCCUCAAGAAAAGAAGUAGCCCCCCCAACUACAAACUCGCCGUCCGCGAUCAGGAUCCCAUGCGUACUAACCAACAUUGUGCGAACCGAGAUCCCGCGGGGCACAGGGUCUGGGCGGCUCGAAGCAGAACGUGCAGCACAAGCGGGAGACAACACAUCCAAAGGUGGGGAUGGUCUCAGGUCGUUCAGGUCCGCCAAGGGUUGCGUCUCGCUAUCAGGGUUUCGCCAACUCCGCGGGGGCGUUGCGGGUAUUUCCCUAAAACACCAAAACCGGCACAAAUUGGGCCGGCAGUCCGGGUAAUUGCUCACCAGCCGGUUUGUAUGACGAAGAAGGUGCUCGACGAAGGAAGAAGUAAGCAUGUAAUUAGCACCUCCGGUUGGUAGAGCGAUCGGCUACCGAGGCACGUCAGGGUGGCGUCGCUACUUCAAUUCAAAGUUAGCAUCACAAAUUCCAACCUUGCAGACCCAGACAUUUUUACAUUCGAUACACGAAACCUACUACGUUCGGUCGCCGAAAGAACACGAGCGGAUGGAGCAAUAUCUGCGGCUCUAUUUCGACAACCUGCAGCAGGGACAAAGGCAGGAGGAAGGCGGCGUUGCACCAACCACGGGACAGCUGCCACUGUUCAACUAUUUCAAGGGCGUAUCCACGGACGAUCUCGAGUAUUACAACACCGAGAUUCGGCCCGUCGACAAAAAAAAACCAAUGCGGAAAGCGAAGCAGACUGUGCGGCGCAAGCAAAAACAGGAGCAGAGCAGUACCAGCAGCGAGGACGUUCCGAGCGACGCGGAGACCGAUGUAGAGCUGUAA